AUGCCAUCAAGCUCCACCGCCAGCCAUCCGGGGAACACCCCACUUCCCGCUGGUCUCACCCCUGAACUUCACAGCGCGCUCGUCGCGGACGUCAACAUCGCCUACAGGCUUGCCCGCCGCAUGGGCACACAGAAGAAUCACGAACAAAUCCGCGUCCUACGCCUGGAGAUGUUCACCUACGCCGCCUCAAUUGGCCUUCAAGUGGUCCUUCCCUGGUCAUCUCUUAAAGAACACUACCCUAUGCUACUCCAGGGCUACGUGGACGACAUUGCGUCCCACUUCUACGCCCGUUACGGCUGGGGGCGGGAUUUGUGUGAGGAAUUGCUGGGCAACAUCUUCACUGCGCGUGAGCUGAGGAGGGCUGCGGGCCUUCCUGCCGAGGAGGGGUAUGAGGAGAUUAUCGCUACUAGACCAGGCAUGAAGACGACAAGGGCUAUUGAACCGCCUGUCGUCUCGUCGAUGCCAGUUGUCUCAUCGAUGCCAGUUGUCUCGUCGAUGCCAGUUGCCUCGUCGAUGCCAGCCGUCUCUCCAACGCCAGCCGUCUCUCCAACCCCAGCCGUUGCGUCUGCGCUAGCUAGUCCCUUGACUCCCGGGAUGCCUGAAGUGGCUAGCAUGGUUGUUGAUAGUGUACCCGUUGAGGUCGAGCAGAAUGAGGAAGCCCUGGAUUGCGUCGACAAUGCCCCCCUCAUAUUCGAGGAGGAUGUGCAAGACUUGGAUUUCGUGGAUCCUGCUUCCAUCGCGGUCGCGGAGAGGCAGCUGGGCCUGGAUGCUGAGUACGAGCCAUUUUCACAAGAAUACGCCGACCUAGUCACCGAUGGGGCCUGGGAGAAACCUGACGUCAAAGUGAACGUCGGAUCAAUCGAUAACAUUACCGCACUGUAUCCAAAGCCGACCUAUGUCCAACCACCCCCCAUGCUCCUCCCUCUGAGGCACAGGGCUUCCGCCGAGAUUCUGUUCUUUUUCGGCGAUUGCGAGAAUCCAGGCUUCAUUAUUAGCCCUCGUGACAACUACAACGUGUUCCUUGAGCUCAUCCGGAACAGGAGUAAGGGCUUGAUCUGGUCGGAGAAUAGGAAGAACUGGUUUACGCUUGACAACAAGAAGAGUUAUGAGGGAAUGUGGCUCAAUAUGAGACGCGGGUGCACUGAGAUCUUUUUAGAUUGGCAAAAGAGUUAUCCGGAUAUUAUUCUAGAAGGGAAGACCCAGUAUAAACUCAAUUGCUAUGGCAUUGGGUUUGAGUAG